AUGGCGUGGAAAACACCCAGGAUACUGACGUCGCCGUCGACAAACUCCAAGGAUGACUCAAGCUUUCCGGGCCUCAAGCCCCCCGGUCCGGAUGCAACGACCAAGAUUGAGUAUGAAGAGCUCCAGAGGAACGAGAUUUUUGCCCUAGAAGCCAUUUAUGGAGAUGAUUUCAUCCAGCACACGGCGGCGCACAGCGCCUGGAAGAAGUCCGACCCGUCUUUCGACAUACGAAUAAAAGCCCCGAGUGAUGAAGACUUUGCUGUUACUGUUGGCUUUACUAUCACGGCGACGUAUCCAAAGACACCGCCGCUUUUGACCCUCAAGGGCCAGAACUACCUUCGAGAGGUCACCGGGUUCAAGAUUCAGAAGUUUUUGGAAACACAACCGAAGAUUUUUGCCAAAGAAGCAGAAGAGAUGGUCUACAAGAUUGUUGAGGGUAUUCAAGAUAUCCUCGAGGAUGCUGCACAGGCCAAGGCGUCCGGUAAACAGCUGCCAUCGCUGGAAGAAGAGCGUGAUAGACAUGAAGCGGCCUUGGCAAAGCAGGCGCUGGCGCAAAAGGAGAAGAAGAAGCGCCUCGAAGAAGAGGAGAUGAAGGAAAAGGAAAAGGCAGCUGCUGAAGAAUUACAACAAGAGCUUCAGCGACAGAAACAAAAGGCGAGAGAGUCAAAGUUCAGCCGACGCACAAAUGGCUUGAGCCCCCACCGGCCAUCCUCCUCCUCGAUUUCGAACGGCGAGACGAUUGAGUUUGAUCAAUUUUGCACCGUAACUGAUCGCAUGGGGAAUGUUUUGACGUUCAGAUCUGUCACGGGCAAAUCUGACCCUCGUAGCGGAGAGGCUUCCACCGUUUAUACCGUCCGUCCGGUCCUCUCCAAUGGCCAAGGAAACCAGUUAUUAGCGUUGAAGGAGGCUGUCUUGCGUCCAAGUGGUAAAGAUCAGAAAGACUUUAAGAAGCAGCUGCAGUCUUUGGAAUCACGGCUGCAGGAUCUCAAAAUUGGGAACAAGAUUCACCACCGACAUCUCGUCGACAUUCUUGAUUUCAAGGUCGAGAGUGGUGCCGCCGCUGAUCGCACCGCAUCCAACACGUGGACGGUGAGGAUACUGAGCCCUUUGGCUGAGAGAGGCUCGCUUGAGGAAUUGCUGGAGCUAGCAGGCCAUCUCGAGAUAGCAAAAGUUCGAUCUUGGACAAGAGAUCUCCUGGAUGCGCUAAACUUUCUGCACAACAAGAACAUUGCGCAUCAAAACAUUCACCCGGGGAACAUCCUUCUCUUUAGGGAAUCUACUGGCGAAAUCGUACCAAAGAUAUCUGAUGCCUCGUAUCAGAGAGAGAUCCAUAACCUCAGCUCUAAGAAGCAAGGUCCCAUUGGGCUCACCACCGCAAAAUCUGCGUAUUGGCUGCCGCCUGAGAUUGCGGCAGCAUCCAAGCCUGUAUAUACAUCCAAGGCUGAUAUAUGGGACUUUGGUAUUGUUUUCGUACAGAUGGUCUUUGGGUUGGAUGUGCUUCGCAAGUAUUCCUCUCCCAAAAAUCUGAUGGAAUCGUUGAUGCUCUCCCAACCCCUCCAAGAGCUAGUCGGCCGCUUCUUCAAAGACGAUAGGCAGAAAAGGCCGAGAGCGUUUGAGCUUGGUGCUAGUGAGUUUCUUGCGACAGAUGCUCCUGUCCUGUUUGAAGAUAGUUCUGCUAUGCUGUCCCACACCCCGUCCAUCAAUUCUUUGCAAGCCCUUCCCGUGAGGCUCAGGCGAGAUUCAAUGAAUAGAUCAACAGCCGUCUCUCGGUACACGGAAGAUUUUGUUGAAGAGGGAAGACUUGGUAAGGGCGGGUUUGGUGAAGUGGUCAAGGCUAGGAAAAAGCUGGAUGGGCAGAUAUAUGCCAUCAAAAAAAUCACACAGCGCUCACAGACAAGCCUUACGGAAAUUCUCAAGGAAGUCCGUCUGCUCUCACAGCUUAGCCAUCCUGCAGUUGUACGGUAUUACAACACCUGGGUCGAGGAAAUCCCUGACUCAACAGACACCGAGGGUGAAACGUCCACCGAUGAUUACACAGAGGAUACCCGAGACACGGGCAACGAAUCCGCUGGCAUUGAUAUCCAGUUCGCUACAAGCACUGGUGGCCUGGAUUUUAUUUCGUCCAAUGCUGGGGUGGAAUUUGACUACGAUUCUGAUGAGGACGAGGAUGAGGAUGACCAUGAUUCUUCCGAUGAAGAAGAAGACGAUGAUCAAAGUUCUAUCAUAGACUCCGUUGGUCAUCGCGAAAAGCUUCAUGAGAAGGAGAGGCUGGCUGUCCUGCAGCGGCGCGCUCGAAUGCACCGAUCUUAUCGAACUGUUCUCUACAUCUCCAUGGAGUACUGCGAGAAGCGAACUUUGAGAGAUCUUAUCGCACGCAAGCUGUAUAAAAAUACUCCCGAAGUGUGGCGACUAUUUAGACAGAUUCUGGAGGGCUUGGCGCACAUUCAUUCGUUAAGCAUUGUUCACCGCGAUCUCAAGCCGGAGAACAUAUUUAUUGCAAGCAGUGCCGACGGUGUGGAUAAUGUCAAGAUUGGCGACUUUGGGUUGGCAACCAGUGGCCAAUUUUCCGUGGAUCGAGCCACUGUCAGCGGCUAUGAGGCAGAUGACAUGACGAGAAGUAUUGGAACAGCCUAUUACUCUGCCCCCGAAGUGAGAUCUGCAUCCAACGGGAUGUAUAGCACUAAAGUCGACAUGUAUUCCCUCGGAAUCAUUUUCUUUGAGAUGUGCUAUUUGCCUAUGAUGGGCAUGCAAAAAGCCGAUGUCCUCGGGCAGCUUCGACGUCCUGUCCCCGUUCUCCCCUCAGAUUUCCGCCCCCCUGAAAAGACGCAAACAGAGAUUGUGCUCUCGCUGGUCAACCACAACCCCAAAGAACGACCAUCCAGUGCCGAAUUGCUUAAGAGCGGUAAAUUGCCAGUCCAGAUGGAGAGCGAGACCAUUAGGAGGACUUUGGCUGGUCUGGCGGACCCCAAUUCACCGUAUUACCAGAAAAUGUUGUCGACGCUGUUUGCACGGCCCGUGGAGGCGGCCAAGAAUUUCGCGUGGGACAUGAACGGCACCACACCUAGUUCCGCCGAGCUUCUGAACCAAAGCAUUGUCAAGAAUGCGCUGGUGGCCAUUUUUCGCCGCCACGGAGCCCUCGAAGCAACACGAACUUCGAUAUAUCCCAAGACGGUGCACCAGGCUGACAACGCCGUCCGACUCCUUGAUUCUAACGGCACCGUUCUCCAGCUUCCUUAUGAUCUUACGAUGGGACACGCUCGAAUGUUGGCAAAACACUCGCAAACUCCUCCACUGCAGCGCACCUUUACGUUUGGCAGCGUGUUUAGAGAUAAGCAAGAUACGGGACAGCCUCAGAUGUUUGGUGAGGUGGAUUUCGACAUCGUCACGAUCGACACGCUGGAUCUGGCAUUGAAAGAGGCCGAGGUCUUGAAGGUCCUGGAUGAGAUUCUUCAUACGUUUCCAUCCUUGUCUGCAUCACAGAUGUGCUUCCACAUCGGACACUCCGACAUCCUUCAACUCAUUUUUGAGCAUUGUGGUAUUCCAACUUCUUCUAGAAGGGCAGCAGCAGAUGUCUUAUCCAGGUUGAACAUUCACAACCAUACGUGGCAGAAGAUUCGAAUGGAGCUUCGAUCUCCUGCUGUGGGUAUAUCGGCUACUAGUAUUGACGAACUUCAGCGUUUCGAUUUCCGAGACACACCAAACAAAGCGUUUGCAAAACUCAAGCUCGUUUUUGAAGGCAGUGAUAUGUACCAGCGGGCCGCGUCGACAAUAGCGCAUCUCAAGGAGGUAGUCGAGUAUACCAAACGAUUGGGCGUCUCCACCAAAAUCUACAUAAACCCUCUCAACAGUCUCAAAGAAGGCUUUUAUAUCGGUGGCAUCCUGUUCUCUUGCAUCUACGAUAAGAAAGCCAAAGAUGUGUUUGCCGCCGGUGGCCGGUAUGACCACUUGAUCAGCGAGCAACGCCCCAAGAUUGGAGGACAAUUUGAAAAACGCCAUGCCGUCGGAUUCAGCCUGGCUUGGGAAAGGUUGGCAAAAACGCCAAAAUCAGGCGGCUAUUCGUUCUUGAAGAAAAGCGAAGAAGACGUGAGCAGCAUAUUCAGCAGUAAACGCUGCGAUAUUCUGGUGGCAAGCUUUGACGCAGCAACCCUUCGAUCCUCUGGUAUUGAGGUGCUGCGGCUACUCUGGUCACACGAUAUAAGUGCAGAACUUGCUAGAGACUCAAGGUCUCCGGAAGAUCUCAUGUCAAAACAUCGGGAUGAGAGCUAUUGUUGGAUAAUCAUCAUCAAGCAAGAUUCUAUGCUGAAAAUUAAAACUGUAGGAAAGAAAGAUGUGCCGGAUGUGGAUCUACCCAUGGCGCAGCUCCUUUCCUGGCUAAGACCUGAGAUACGAGAGCGAGAUAGCAAAGCCGCAGCAAAGUUUCGCGGAACGCCCGAGCCUGCAACGCAAGGCGAGAAAGAUCACGAACAGGAAGUCAAAAUCAUGGUUGCCCAAACCAAGAGCAAGAAGUUCAAUCGGCGCACAGUAGUGGAACAAGCACAAGUCACCGCGGCCGCGCUGAUGGACUCGUUCCUCGAAGGUCCCAUCCUGGCCGUUGAAACCAGCGACCACCUAAUGGAGCUUGUACAGAGCACAAACUUGUCGGACCCUGAAAGCUGGCGGAGGGCUGAACAUGGCGUGGCAACGUCGGAGAAGAAGAAUGUCCGUGAAAUCCAUGAUCAACUCGACACUUGGAGGUACAAGUAUGAAAAGAAGGGCGGCUCAAAGCAUUCGUUCUUGUACAAUUUCCGGUCAGGGACUUGCAUGUACUACGAUUUAUCUGGUUGA